AUGGAUGAACAGUCAAAACACUAUUCGGAAUCCCUCAGAGCUCCCGCUGACUUCUGGCAUGUCCACGCACAAAAGCUAUCGUGGGAAACGCAGUACUCUACACCUCUGCGCGUCGACGGGAAAAGGAAGUGGAGGUGGUUCCCCGAUGGGAGGAUUUCUACUACAUAUAAUCUCGUCACGAGACAUGUGCUUUUAGGGCGGGGGGAGGAGAGAGCGAUAAUUUGGGAUUCGCCCGUGACGGGUCGGAAGUGUGUUAUUACGUAUGCGGAACUGCAGGAAGAGGUGGAGGUGUUUGCGGAGGUGUUGAGGGGGCUGGGUGUUAAAGAGGGCGAUACGGUUCUUGUUUACAUGCCGAUGAUACCCUCGUGCACGAUUGCGCUGCUGGCGAUAGCACAUUUGGGGGCUAUACAUACGGUUGUUUUCGGGGGCUUUUCGCCGGCCGAAUGCGCAAAGCGGAUUUUGUCUGCUAGGCCAAAAUUGGUGCUUACGGCGAGUUGUGGGAUUGAGGGGAGUAGGAUUAUUCCUUACUUGCCAUUGGUCCGCGAAGCAAUUUCCAAAAGCAACUGGAAGCCACAGAACGCACUUGUCCUACAGCGCGACGAACUCUACGUCUCGUUAGAUAAGUCGCUCCAAGAACUAAACUGGAACAGCCUUGUUCGCGCCAAAACCGUGGAAGUCGGUGCUGCCUUUCCCUCCUGCGCGCCGCAAUACAUAAUCUACACAUCCGGCACAACCGGCCAGCCAAAGGGUAUAACCCGGAACAUCGGAGGACACAUUGUCGGGUUGCAGUACACGAUAGAACACCUCUUCAACAUCCAUGCCGGUGACACGAUAUUCACCGCCAGCGACCUGGGCUGGGUCGUCGGGCAUAGUUACAUCCUCUAUGCGCCGCUACUAAUAGGCGCCGCGACAGUCCUGUUCGAGGGAAAGCCCGUGGGGACUCCGGAUGCGAGAACCUUCUGGCGGAUAAUCUCCGAAUGGAAAGUCAACGUCUUGAGCACUGCGCCGACAGCGCUCCGUGCGAUAAAGCGCGAGGAUCCGACGCUGGGGAUGGUCAGGGAAUUCGACAUUUCCUCCCUCCGCGCAAUUUUCCUGGCCGGUGAGCGGAGUGAGCCGUCGAUAGUAACGGACUACCAAAAUGCGAUCUUCGGCCCAUCAACUUCUCCUUCCUGCAAGGGGUUGGUAGUAGAUAACUGGUGGUCCAGCGAAUCCGGCUCCCCAAUCACCGGUAUCUCCUUGGGGUUCAAUGCCCUCCCGUCACCCAUCAAGCCCGGUAGCGCGGGGAAACCCAUGCCGGGCUGGGACCUAAAAGUUGUAAACGACGCCGGCGUCCCGCUCCUUGCCGGCCAGAAUGGAAACAUCGUCCUGGCAACGCCGCUCGGGCCAACGGGCCUUACGGAACUAUGGUGCGACAUGGAAGCUGCACGCUUCCACAAUGCGUACUUCGCAAGGUUCGCGGGAAAAGGCGAAUGGUUUGACACCGGCGAUGCCGGAUUCCUGGAUCGGGAUGGGUACGUGCAUGUCAUGUCGCGCACCGACGACGUUAUUAAUGUCGCCGCGCACCGUUUUUCGACUGGCGCAAUUGAGGAGGCGAUACUCUCGCAUGUGGCGAUUGCCGAGGCGUAUGUUGUCGGUGCGCCGGAUCCGCUCAAGGGGCAUGUUCCAUUUGCGGUCGUUGUUCUUAAACCUUCUUGCUCUUCCUCUCCUCCUUCGGAGGAGGUGUUGUUGAAGGAGGUUAACGGCUACGUGCGUACCGAAAUUGGACCGAUUGCUGUCCUUCGUGGUGUUGUCGUCGUGGAUAAGGUUCCCCGCACGCGUAGCGGGAAGACACUCAGGAGGGUGGUUAGGGCAGUUGUAGAGAAUGCUGUUAGGGGCGAGUUUGGUAAGGAGGUGGAGCUUCCGGCUACAGUCGAGGAUGGGAGUGUGGUUGUGGGCUUGAGGGAGAGGGUUGAGGGGUGGUUUUUGGAUAGGGGGAUUAAGGCGAGAUUAUAGGAUGGGCGUGAUACCAUGAGGGUUGGUAUAAACUUUUUUUUCUAGCAC